AUGUUCGUCGCCUCUGUCACUGCAAGUUUGUGCUUGCUCAAAGUAGCGACAUGUGCCAUUUCCCUAUCUGCGUCGCCUCCAUCCAAUGCGAGUAAACCUAUCCUAGAAUCCUUCGUUUCUUUCUCCAUCGAGUUCUCCUCGUUUCCCGAUUUUGCCGGAAACUCGAGCCAUCCGAACCACUUCUCGUAUAACCUCUUGACCAAUCUCGGCAAGAUCCAAGGAUCGAAUCCCAUCGUCAGAGUUGGGGGGAACACGCAGGACUACGCAACUUUCAAUGCUUCCCAGAAGACUGCCUUGAUAGGAACUUUCGACUUCAAUCGAUCCAAAGAUUAUCCGACCACCAUCUCGAUCGGUCCCUCGUAUUUUGACUCAUACUCCACUUGGCCGAAUAUCACAUACGUGCAUGGUUUCAACCUUGGAAAGAAUGGUACUGUCGGACAUGACACACUGGCCGGUACAGUCCCCUUGGCUUGCAAGGCCUUAAGCAAUGGCAAACUGGCCUAUUGGCAAUUGGGCAAUGAGCCCGACCUCUUCAAAACUAGCGCCCAAGGACCAGUCCGGCCGAGUUGGUGGAACGAAACGGACUAUGUUGAAGAAUGGCUCACCAAGACUCGCAUCAUGAAACAGCUGAUUCAGACCAACUGCCCGGAUGUCAUGAAGCAAGGGAAGUUCAAGUUCUAUGCACCAGGUUUUGCUGGGACAGCCAACAGCCUGGAUCUCAUCACCACGUGGGCAGCGGGCCUCAACGCAGACCACGAUAUCAGCUUUAUCGACAGUCACAACUAUAUUGGAGGCGCCACUCAACCCGGAGUUACUCUCCAAGGAACGCUGAUGAAUCACACCUCGACUGUUCUGUCUGUUGCGAAACACCUAAACGAGUCACAUCUACUCUCUGGAGCCGGCCUACCCUACAUCUUGGGCGAGACCAACAGCUUGUACAACGAAGGUGCACCUGGACUCUCCAACUCUUUUGGUGCGGCGCUGUGGGGAGUGGAUUUUUCCCUCUACUGUGCUGCGACCGGCAUUCGACGGGUUCACAUGCAUCAAGGGACCAAUUACAGAUACGCCUCGUGGCAACCCGUUCAAACAGUCAAUGAGACAUUGGGUACCAAAGCACCUUACUACGGAAAUAUCAUGGCUGCGACUUUCCUGGGUGACGUGACGAAAGGGAACGUCAGCAUCAGCGAUCUGGAAUUGGGGAGCAUCUACCAAAACGCCUAUGCGGCGUACGUUAAUGGACGGCUAGAGAGGAUUGCAAUUAUCCAGAUGCGGGCAUACAACUACACAAUGGGCACAGAUGCAGCGCGGCCCCGUGAGAUAUUCAGCUUCCAAUUGCCCACUGCCAACGGCGCAUCCAUAAAGGGAAUCAACGUGCAACGGCUCAUGGCGAAUGGAAGUAAUGCCAUCACUGGGAUCACAUUUGAUGGGGUUUCGUACAAUUACGAACUCGACAAAGGCCGACCAGUCAUGUUGAAUAAUGUCACCAGGAAUGAAGUACUGCAGAUUGCUCGGAGUGGCAUAGUUACAGUUGAGGUACCGUGGUCGAGCGCUGCGAUCCUAAAUUUGCUGUGGUGA